AUGAUGCCGCCGGAGCUCCAACCCCGCUCCUUCCGACCCUACAUCUCAUCGUCGAUAAGCGCCCCUUCUUUCUCUUCCUUCAACAAUGCUUCUUCCCCUUCCUCCUCCUCACCCGACCCCAACCCUAACUCCAAUUUCAGCUCCAACUUAUCCUCUCCUUCUUCUUCCUCUCGAUCUCUCAAGAACUCCCGAUUCUCCCCUUCCUCUUUCGCCCACAACGCCCGUCUAGCCAUUACUCUCGUCCCAUGCGCCGCCUUCCUCCUCGACCUCGGCGGAACCCCCGUCGUAGCAACCCUAACCCUAGGACUCAUGAUCGCUUACAUCAUCGAUUCGCUCAACUUCAAAUCCGGCGCUUUCUUCGGUGUUUGGUUUUCUCUCCUCGCCGCUCAGAUUGCUUUCUUCUUCAGCGCUUCUCUUUACUACUCUUUCAAUUCCGCUCCUCUCUCUAUUCUCGCCGCUUUUCUUUGCGCCCAAACCAACUUCCUCAUUGGCAUCUGGGCUUCGCUUCAGUUCAAGUGGAUUCAAAUCGAAAACCCUUCGAUUGUUCUCGCUUUGGAGCGGCUCCUCUUUGCCUGCGUUCCUUUCGCCGCUUCCUCAAUCUUCACUUGGGCUACAAUCUCCGCCGUAGGUAUGAACAAUGCCUCUUACUAUCUAAUGGCUUUCAAUUGCGUUUUCUAUUGGGUUUUCACGAUUCCUAGGGUGUCUUCUUUCAAAACGAAACAAGAAGUUAAGUACCACGGUGGAGAAGUUCCUGAUGAUAAUUUGAUUCUUGGUCCACUCGAGAGUUGUCUCCAUACUUUGAAUUUACUGUUUUUUCCUCUCAUUUUUCAUAUCGCUUCCCAUUACUCGGUGAUGUUCUCCUCGGCUGCUUCUGUCAGUGAUUUGUUUCUUCUUUUCUUUAUUCCUUUCUUAUUUCAAUUAUAUGCUUCAACAAGAGGGGCAUUGUGGUGGCUCACCAAAAAUGCCCACCAGCUGCGUAGCAUACAGUUGGUCAAUGGUGCAAUUGCAUUGGUUGUUGUUGUGAUUUGCCUUGAGAUUAGAGUUGUGUUUCAUUCGUUUGGGAGGUACAUUCAGGUACCACCACCAAUAAAUUAUCUUCUUGUGACCACUACCAUGCUUGGAGGGGCUGCUGGAGCUGGUGCUUAUGCGCUGGGAAUGAUUUCCGAUGCAUUUAGCUCUUUGGCCUUCACUUCUUUGGCUGUUGUUGUCAGUGCUGCAGGGGCGAUUGUGGUUGGAUUUCCAGUGCUGUUCAUUCCAUUCCCUUCAGUUGCUGGCUUUUAUUUGGCUCGUUUCUUUACAAAGAAGAGCCUUCCAUCAUAUUUUGCCUUUGUUGUGCUUGGGAGCUUGUUGGUCAUGUGGUUUGUGCUGCAUAAUUUCUGGGAUCUAAAUAUAUGGUUGGCAGGCAUGUCUCUGAAAUCCUUUUGUAAACUUAUUGUUGCGGAUGUUGUCCUAGCCAUGGCUGUUCCAGGUUUAGCCCUCCUUCCGUCAAAACUUCAAUUUUUGACUGAAGUUGGUUUGAUUGGCCAUGCAUUGCUGCUAUGCUAUAUUGAGAAUCGGUUUUUCAGUUACUCGAGCAUAUACUAUUAUGGAUUGGAUGAUGAUGUAAUGUAUCCAAGCUACAUGGUCAUCCUGACAACAUUGGUUGGCUUUGCACUUGUGCGAAGACUAUCCGUGGAUAACCGAAUUGGACCCAAGGCAGUUUGGAUUUUGACUUGUCUGUAUUCCUCAAAGCUGGCUAUGUUGUUUAUUACAUCAAAGUCUGUUGUGUGGGUGUCAGCUGUCCUUUUAUUGGCUAUUUCACCUCCAUUGCUUCUUUACAGGGAUAAGUCACGAACUGCAUCAAAGAUGAAAGUCUGGCAAGGCUAUGCACAUGGUGCUGUGGUUGCGUUAUCAGUUUGGUUUUGCCGUGAAACAAUUUUUGAAGCAUUACAAUGGUGGAAUGGUAGACCUCCAUCCGAUGGUUUACUUCUGGGCUUUUGCAUUCUUUUGACAGGAUUGGCUUGUUUACCUAUAGUUGCUCUGCACUUCUCUCAUGUCAUGUCUGCAAAGAGAUGCCUUGUACUCAUGGUGGCAACAGGUCUCCUGUUUAUCCUAAUGCAGCCACCAAUUCCAUUAUCAUGGACUUACCGAUCUGACCUAAUCAAAGCUGCACGCCAAUCUGCUGAUGAUAUUUCCAUAUAUGGCUUCAUGGCAUCAAAACCUACUUGGCCCUCUUGGCUACUUAUAGCAGCAAUUCUUCUCACUUUAGCUGCUGUGACAUCCAUCAUACCCAUUAAGUACAUUGUAGAGUUGAGAGCAUUUUACUCUAUUGCGAUGGGUAUAGCUCUUGGUGUUUACAUAUCUGCUGAAUUUUUCCUUCAGGCUGCUGUCCUUCAUGCCCUCAUCAUUGUAACAAUGGUUUGUGCAUCUGUUUUUGUGAUAUUCACCCAUUUUCCAUCUGCCUCCAGCACAAAGCUCCUACCAUGGGUGUUUGCCCUUCUUGUGGCUCUAUUUCCAGUGACUUACCUAUUAGAAGGUCAAGUGAGAAUUAAAAGCUUCCUUGGAGAUAAUGAAUUUGGGGAAAUAGGAGAGGAAGACAGAAAGCUUACAACUCUACUGGCUGUUGAGGGGGCAAGGACAUCUCUUCUUGGUCUGUAUGCUGCAAUCUUUAUGCUUAUAGCUCUGGAAAUAAAAUACGAACUUGCUUCUCUUAUACGGGAAAAGACUCUUGAGCGGGGUUCGGUUAGACAUAAUCAAUCUGGUCAAAGCAAUUCUGUGGGUUUCCCUCCACGAAUGAGGUUCAUGCAACAACGCCGUGCGACUGCUGUGCCAACCUUCACAAUUAAAAAGAUGGCUGCUGAAGGGGCAUGGAUGCCUGCAGUUGGUAAUGUUGCUACAGUGAUGUGCUUUGCUAUAUGCCUGAUCCUAAAUGUUAAUCUCACCGGUGGAUCAAAUCAGGCAAUAUUCUUCUUGGCUCCUAUUUUACUGCUUCUCAACCAGGACUCGGAUUUUGUUGCUGGGUUUGGGGACAAGCAGAGGUAUUUCCCUGUUACAGUAGCCAUAUCAGUCUAUUUGGUCUUGACCACACUAUAUAGCAUAUGGGAAGAUGUCUGGCAUGGAAAUGCAGGGUGGGGCAUCGAAAUUGGGGGUCCUGGUUGGUUCUUUGCAGUCAAGAAUCUAGCCCUCCUGAUCUUUACAUUCCCCAGCCACAUCCUGUUCAACCGGUUUGUGUGGAGUUACACAAAGCAGACAGACUCAGCACCGCUGCUAACAUUGCCCCUCAAUCUGCCUUCCAUCAUUAUAACGGAUUUGAUUAAGAUAAGGGUUUUGGGGUUGUUAGGAAUUAUUUAUUCCCUGGCCCAGUAUAUAAUAUCUAGACAGCAAUAUAUCUCUGGAUUGAAAUAUAUUUAGACAAAUAGAUGUUGUGUACAAUAUGUUUUGGCAAUUUUCAAGUGAGAUGUUAAAGUUCAGGUUGGCUUUCA